CCCUCAUCGGCUUCAAUCGCUGUUCAUGUCGCGAUAGCCUUUACCCAAUCUAACAUCAGAAGCCAUGAAACUCCUCGGUCUGUUGCCAGUUCUUUUCCUUAUGCCAUCCUCGGUGAUGGCAAUAUUUGGUGCCAACAAUGAGACCGACUUUUGGGACGAUUUUGCCAAUAAUUUCGCAACGGAUCUUGCGCCCGUGAUCGCUCUCUUUGGUGAACAAGUCACCAAACAAUUUCUUAGCGAGUCAACCACGAUUCUAGAUGUCAUCAUCUUCGCAGUUGGCCCUCUUGGAAUAAUUACAGCUGUCGUAUCGUGCAUUAGGGUCGCGAACAGCACAUUCCUAAAAUCUAUCAUUGGAAGGGCACGCGAGCCUCAUGGAUUGCCAGAGGUUGAGCUCUGCUCCUCGACGAGCGGAGACGUCUGUGAACUUUGGUCGAAUGGAGGAAUUUGCAGGGUUUUUGGACGGCCGAGGAUACUUGAGUUCAUGUAUAACAAGCCUAGCAACCCAAGUGACUAUCUUCCAACCAUCGACCACUCUGGCGAUGAGAUACCUGCCAAGUGCGGUAUUGAAUCGACAAGGGAGGUCUUCGAGAAGUUCAAGCCUACAGAGCCCAAACAGACGAGUAAUCCGGCUGGACGAUGGGAAAGGAUCUCUUCUUCUCAAUUCUUGAGGCUUUCAUUUCUUUCCAAAUCGACACGAGGCCACGAGAGCCCAGUCAAUGGUGGGAAGCACGUAGGAGCAAACGGUGAGCCUGACGUUGAGGGAGGUACUUCCCACGAUGGUCACGGCCAAGCCACAAACCCGGUGCUGGCCCGAGGAAUGGACACGAAGAUAGGCGAACAAGCCGAGAUCGAUAGGAGCUUUGCACCAUACCCAAAUCUGGCAUUGAACAUAGGAAGGCCGAGGUCAUCAAGAGCAGUCAUGGGUUUGUGGGCUGCAGCCAUAUUCGGAAUAUUACUACAGGCCAGCUUUUUCGGCUAUGCGACUUGGGCUACGAGGUAUAAAGCGAGCUUCUACGAUAACGCCAGAGUCCCUAGCAAUCCAUCAUGGUUUAUCCUGACUGUAGCUGGGACGGCCUUUAUUGUGACUGGGAUGGCAAUGUCUGCAGAGGUCAUCGACCGUAUUUCCACCGAGCGCAGGUUCGUCUUCCGCGGCUCGACAAAACCUCGAAUGUUCUGGUUACAACCUGCUGGACAGCGAAUUGGUGACCAAGAGUUUGAAGGCUUUGCCUACAACCAACCAAAGAUUGACUACAUCACAUCCUGGAAGACGGUGCAGAAUACAUCAGACUUUCAAUGGCGUGUCUGGUGUGCUGUCAUGCUAUCGGUUGUAGGUUGGGUAAUUCAGUUUGUUGGGCUCAGAGGAGUCCAUGGAACGGUUUCUCUGUACCAGUUCGUUAUCACCAUCAUCAUGUCAAUUAUUCGUGGAUGCCUUCGAAGUUACAGCACCCCUCCAAGAAAUCAGCUUUUUGCGGAGGAUGUUAAGGGGCACGAGCUUGAUUGGCAAGCAAUGGAGCUUGCGAACAACUUCGACCGAGGGAUUUCGGACGAUAAAGUAGCAGAAUUUUGGUUCAUUGACGGCCGACGAAUCGAUAAAGAGGAAGAAGGCCAACAGACAGUCGAACGAGAUGGACAUAUCUUCGAUAAAAUGUAUUGGAAUUCAACGUCGAAUAAUAUCUUCCUGAUGCGUGACUAUAGUGGUCGUUCGCGCAUCAAUUCGCGAAACACGAUUGAAUGGAUGGAGAGCAGAGAUUCUUCAUAUUGGCUGAGCACUGAUGCAGAAAGUAUCUUGGAAGAACUCAGAAGAAUAAGCAGUUCGGAUGUUCUUGGGAUCUCGAACGGGGGUGACUCUGAGCCCAAGUUACCGCAGUCAGCAGUGAGGCUGCUGCGUAUUCGAUCCCGCUUGGCAUUCUUGACCAACCAGCCACCCUACCAAGUAUGGGAUGGCGAGAUCAGAGACAUGGCAGCACGGCUUAAAGGGUCACUUCAAAGAGCGGGGAGACUUUUGACAUCGGGUUCCUUUUUCGGCCAAGAAUCUCCGAAUAUCAAGUCAAUUGUGUGGUCAGCGGCCUGUCACUCUCAAAAUUGGCCCAUGGACAGCCAUAUGUCAAGCACUCAGCUCUUUUGCUUUCACAUGUUCCGACCAGACCUUGGAGAUGACUGGAAUAUUGACGAGCAUCACUUGGAAGCCGUUCUGGGGCUGUGGUUAUGGUCGUUUCAGAAAUGGAGCUCCCAACAACAGAGAAAGUUGCCGACGGGCAUCAAGCCCUUUCCCAUCAACCCAAGCACAAAUGACACCUUGACUAUUCUACUACAUCGCUGGGGAACACGGCCGCACAUGGAGAAGUUAGGGAUGCCCUUGGAAGAGUUGACUGACUUGUCCGUCCCUGCCAUAAUGCUGCUACAGCCUCUGAAACACAUGAAUUCGGUGUCGGGGAAGAUACAAGCAGAUGUGCUAUCUGUAGACUCCAGAUCGUCAGUACUGAAUCUAAUGGCCCAGGAUAUUUUUAGUCUUUUUAUGAAAAGCUUGGCCUUGACGUUGGAAAGUGGUCUUGUCGAUAUACUAUAUCCUGACCUCGCCGGAAAAACAGGCCCCCAAACUUCCUUCAUUGAGGGUCUGAUAGAGAUACUUGUUUUGGAACGUUUGGCAACUCGCGAUGAAGCUGUCAUGUCUAUAGUUUCAGGUCUCUACCAGGAUUCAGCGUUUCAACGAUCUGGUCCGCCAUUGCACCUUCGACUGAUCUCAAAAUCAAAUUCUCUCAAGCGACAAACCAAGUUUGAAGAAAGUGAGCUUUUGAUUCAACGACUAGUCGCAUCUGGAUCGAAAUCCGUUCGAGCUCUUGCUCAGCAGAGCUUGUGUGAACUUUACCGAUCUGAAUUGAGAUGGAAAAGCAACAAUUCAUUGAUGUUUACCACAUCUGAGAUCAGGUCUAGAGCCGAGAUGAUGUGCAAAAGAUUGGAGGAAUUCAACAACGACACAGACAAUGCGUACCGAACUGCAAUCGAUAUGUUACUCGCUCGAAGUGCUGGGAAGGAUGAUACUUGCUAUCAUCCUUUUUAUCAUCGUUUCGGGAAUGUUGAACUGGGCCCGCCAAUAGGAAGACGUCUCGAUGAACCUCAAAUACCUCUCGACAUGAAAACCUUGGCCAGCCUCAACUUGGACAAUAUGGAGAAGCCACGAAAGUCCCUAGCCGCACUGUAUGUCUUAGCAUUGACCUUGGUGGAUAAAUACGACCUUGGGGCCUCUGAUCUCCAUGUCCGAAAACAACUUCUCCGAUGGGCUAUCGAAACAGACUGUCAUGGGUUGGUCGAAGACUUGUGGAUUUCAGAGCAACACCUGAGCGAUAAUAUGAAAGCUUUUGGUAAAGGAACCGAUGAGAUUUUCUGGGCAGUCUUCUCUCUGGCCCGAAACGAAAGUGCGAUGGCUACGAUCCUGUUUUUGCUCGAUGUUACGCAAGGCCCUGUUAUAACUCAGCUCCAACAGAAAGAUCAGAUGAACGAGCCAUGGUGGUCUACCAGCGCGCUGCAAGAAACUAUCAAGACGGGUUAUGAGCGAUACGAUUGUCCAUUGUCAGUAGCAUCCUCAGAUCUCGGUGGCCUGGAAUAUGUGCAGUUAUUGGCUGGAUCGAGGAAUUGGGGCCUUGAGCGCUUACACGCAGCGGUGCUUUCAGCGCUUGACUCUGGAAGCCUGGAGACUGUGAAAUACUUGUAUUCAAAGACGUGGGUAUGGGAAAAGAUCGGAAUGGAUUCUCAAACUGCGUUGCCUAAGCUUUUAGAGACUGCAUCACGUUGGGGUCUUAAAACAUGUGUGAGAGUUGUGCUCGCAGGCGAGAAGCGUCGAGGUCUCCGGCGAUUUGGCGUCGGUGACUUUGAGACCGCACUCAAAGCAGCUAGGGAGGGACUUUCUGAGGAGAAUAUGGAGAGGGGGAAGUAUAUUUUGCACUAUGAUCAAGCUGGAGUUAUUCCACUUCUGGAAGAGGCAAUCGAGAAGCUCCAACGGUGGAUUUCAUUUCAGGACAGCAUGAGGUGGGUAUGAGAUAUAGUCAUCGGAUCAGUCACAUCAUAUAUAUGUAGAGUACCAGUGGCCUGAAAUACAAUCGA